AGUGAAACACGCGUCGUCUAACAGAAAGCUAUAAUAUUCCUCUCUUGCUUUUAUAAUCAAUUUUGAGUAAUCAUCUGAAUGUCCCACUUUCGCCACUUGUGAAAAUUUAUACAAAAGGUAGGUACCGAUCUUUAUUAGAUUAAAUGAAAAAUUUCCAUUUAUCAACGUAAAUGGUAAAUAAUGAUUUAAAAUGUAUAUUUUCACUCUGUAAUGAUAAAGUAGAUGUUCAUAACUAAAAAAUCACCUUAUUUCUUGUUUUGCGUCGUCCACCAUUUAGGGAAACCGGGAAAAUCGUCGGUUUUACGUCAUCAAAUACUACGAUGUUGUCAAAAAAACAACUUGUGACAAAAUCACAAAUAUCGGAAUUUUUAAAAAGAAAGUUCUUUAGAACGAAUAUUUAAUGUUAAUACAGAUUUAACUUUCACUCUAAUUUCAAUGAUGAGCUAAUAUUGCAACUUUAUUGCGAAACUAUUUCUUCAGAACUGAUGGUUCCAGUUCCAGUUUGUAGUAGAAAACCACAUUAGUAGUAUGUAGUCCUAUACCAGUCUUUUUGCAUACCUAUGGAUGAUAAAAGUGUAUUUUUUUAAGUAAAAUAACAGCCAUUUAUAAGGGAAAUAGUAUCUAGACACCUCCGUACUUAAGAUAAAUCUGUAAGUUUAAUGUUUAGUUUUGAAAUGGUUUACUGUCAUUUGCAUUUUUUUUCAUUAGUCAUCAUUUUCCCGCACGAAGUGACAGAAAAAGAUGUUUAAGAGUAGAAGCGUAAAAAUUACUAAAUCAGCCAUUCAAGAUAAUCAUGUGGAGAGUUCAUCCGACAAAAAAUCGAUGAAAAAGAGUCCAAAACCUCUUCUACCUCCUUGCAGAGUUUGUGGAGACAAAGCUUCUGGUCUCCAUUACGGAUUGAAUACAUGCGAAGCCUGCAAAAGUUUCUUCAGAAGAGCAAUUAAUUCAGAUUUAACGCCAAAAUGCCCUAAAGGAGGUGGAUGUAAAAUUGUUCAAGGCUCGAAAAGGAACAGCUGUUCCCAUUGUCGUUAUAAGAAAUGCCUGGACUUGGGCAUGUCCAAGGAUCAGAUACAGGCCGGAAGAUACAAUGCUUCAAGACGAAAGGAAAAUGUUGAAGAGGUUAAAAGACUGGAAAGAGCUGAAAUGGCCAAGAAAGUCGCUGCAGAAUCAGUAAAAAUUUCAGAGAAAGAAAUGGAUGAAUAUAUUGAUCUAAUGACCCAAAAAUUCAAUGAAAUAACAGAAGACCGCAAACGAUAUAAUCAAUGUCCUUUCCACGCACUCUAUCAGAUAUUCAAUUUACCAGACGAAGAACGACAAAGAUUCGGCUUGGAAGUAAUGGUGCCGUUAAAAGAUAGAGAAUUAAAACGGAUAAUAGCUUUCGCUAAGACUAUACCAGUUUUUCGUGAGUUAUCCUUGAAUGAUCAAGCUGAAUUGAUAAAACAGAACCGGGUAGAGUUCCAAAUAUUACACGCCCCCCCACAACCAGGAGAUACUGAAGUGGAAUGCGUCUUCUCUGGUAAUGCUAUAACUAUAGACGCUAUUGCAGCAAUUCUUCAAAGUAGAGACAUAGCAGAAAAGCUUUUCCAUCUCUCUACAUACCAUUCAUAUGGAUUUAAAUACCCUGAAAUAUUGGGUUGUAUAUUGGGUGUUUCAUGUUUUUCAUCUGAUCGAUGUCAUAAACUAGACGAUAGACGUAGAGUUGAGAAAUGUCAUGAUCUCAUGUUGCAAAUUUUACAAUACUUGUUCAAACGAGAAGACAAGAAGAAUGUUUCGAAACUACUAAUGAAGACUACAGAUUUCUUGUACGAAGCAAGAAUUAUUUCUGAUCAUUUAAUUAAGUUGGAACAUUCGUUAUUGAAGAAAUUUCCCGACUUUCCGUGGCCCAAUUUACUCAAAGAAGUUUGGUUUAGUGAUUUGGAAGAUCAGCUUGAACGACUGUCACUGAAUAAUUUGCAAAAUCAAAUAGAACACUCUAAACCAGAUUGUAUAAAUUCCGUUAUCGUUCCUAAGGAAAGCGCAGUGAAAACUCGAAAUAUACUUCGAGAAGCAAGGUCACAAUUCGAAGGAUCAUGUAAUUCAAAUACAGAUUCAACCGCAGAUUUGGAAUCUAUUAAAGAUAUGGAGUUUGUUGAACUACCUCUCGAUGUCCUUGAGAAUCUGUUUCGGAAAUCGAAUGACGCAGGGGAAGAAAAAAUUUCGCGAGAACUUUGUGACACUAUCGAAUCAUUGACUAAUGCAAAUCCUUCGUCACCACCGCAGAUUCCAGAUCUAGACGAUUUAAUUUCAAGUCCAAUAUCUCCUUUGCAAUUGGACAUAAUGAAGGAUUUAGAAGAUAUUUUAAACGACGUUACAACUUCUAAUUUAGACGAUGAUUAUGUUUCGCACCUAUGA